GCAUCGGGCCCCCAGGCGGGGCGACAGGCAUCGGGGCCCCCGGCGGGGCGACAGGCAUCGGGCCCCCAGGCGGGGCGACAGGCAUCGGGCCCCAGGUGGGGCGACAGGCAUCGGGCCCCCAGGUGGGGCGACAGGCAUCGGGCCCCCAGGCGGAGCGGCGGGUGCCGGGCCCCCAGGAGGGGCGACAGGCAUCGGGCCCCCAGGCGGGGCGACAGGCAUCGGGCCCCCCAGGCGGGGCGACAGGCAUCGGGCCCCCAGGCGGGGCGACAGGCAUCGGGCCCCCAGGUGGUGCGACAGGUCUCGGGCCCUCAGGCGGAGAGCGGCGGGCGCCGGACCCCCAGGUGGAGCGACAGGUCUCGGGCCCUCAGGCGGAGCGGCCGGGCGCCGGACCCCCAGGUGGAGCGACAGGUCUCGGGCCCUCAGGCAGAGCGGCGGGUGCCGACCCCCAGGUGGAGCGACAGGUCUCGGGCCCUCAGGCGGAGCGGCGGGCGCCGGACC